AUCUGUAAGAUCUCAGACAGAGUCUUCAAACGCCUCAAAGGGACCCGUUGCCUUCCUUUCUUUCCUUUCGGUUGUGUGGAUGGCAUCCCCCAGGAGCUUGUAUAUGGUGUCAAGACCUCUGUACACUGAGGACAGCUUGGCUGAGAAACAUGAGAAAGUCUGCAGGGACCGCAAGACUCUUUCUCAACAUGUCCUUCAGUACUUCAAGUGGGACACCAAACGGGCUAAAAAGGCCGGGCUGUCUCUCUUCCCCAUCAUUGGUUGGAUGAGGAUCUACCAGAUUAGAAGCUGGUUGCUAGGGGACAUUGUGUCAGGGGUCAGCACUGGACUGGUAGCGGUCAUGCAAGGCCUGGCCUUCGCCAUGCUGGCCUCUCUGCCUCCCGAAUACGGCCUCUACACCGCCUUCUUUCCCAUGCUCACCUACUUCUUCCUUGGGACGUCCAGACACAUCUCAGUCGGAGCCUUCCCCGUUCUGAGUCUGAUGGUGUCGGCCGUGGUCACCACCAUGGUUCCUGAGAAAGGCGACGCUGUGGACAUCCCAGGGUUCGAUGGCAAGGACAAGGAGCAGAAGAGGGUGCUGGUGGCCUCGUCCAUGACCUUCCUGGUGGGGAUGUACCAGCUGGGCAUGGGCUUGCUGCAGGUGGGCUUCGUGGUCAGGUAUCUGUCUGACACGCUGGUGUCGGGCUUCACCACCGCGGCCGCCGUCCACAUCCUGGUGUCCCAGCUCAAGUUCAUCCUGGGCCUGGAGGUGACAAGUUUCAAUGGAGUGCUGGCCAUCAUAUAUACCCUGGAGGAGAUCUUUGUGAAGAUCGGGGACACAAACCUCUGUGACUUGGUCACCUCCCUCCUCAUCAUAGGGAUGGUGUUCGUCUACAAGGAGGUCAACGACAUGUACAAAGACAAGCUCCCUGUUCCAAUCCCCAUUGAGGUCAUCAUGACCGUGAUUGCGUGUGGAGUCUCCUACGGCUUAGACUUUGAGAAAAGAUACCAAAUCACUGUUGUUGGUGAGAUGAAGAGGGGGUACGAGGCUCCCAUCGCCCCGGACAUUGACGUGAUGAAAGCGAGUGCGAUGGAGGCCUUCCCUGUCGCCAUCGUUGGCUUCGCUGUGGCCUACUCGGUCGCAAAGGUCUACUCCGUCAAACACGAUUACACCAUCGACGGGAACCAGGAGCUGAUCGCGUUCGGGGUCAGCAACAUGUUCGGCGCCAGCUUUAAGUCUUUCGCGGCGAGCACGGCGUUGUCUCGGACGGCGAUUCAAGAGAGCUCUGGCGGCAAAACACAGAUCGCAGGGCUGGUGGCGGCCAUGAUGGCCAUGCUGGUUACCUUGGCGCUGGGGUUCCUGUUGGCGCCGUUGCCCAAGUCGGUCCUGGGGGCCCUAGUGGUGGUGAACCUGAAGGGCAUGCUGAUGCAGGUCUCCAUCCUGCCAUCACUGUGGAGGAAGGACAAACUGGACUUGGUGGUGUGGGUGGUGACAUGCCUGGCCUCCAUCCUGCUGGGUCUGGACCUGGGCUUGGGCGUGGGCCUGGGCGUAGAGCUGCUCACCGUGGUCUUCAGGACUCAGUUUCCUCGCUGUUCUGUGUUGGCAAACCUCACCGGGACUGACCUCUACAGAGAUCGUAAAGACUACAUGUGUAUCACAGCGCAGAAAGGGGUCGUGAUCUUCAAGAUCCCCUCCCCCAUAUUCUUCGCCAACGUGGACUUCUUCAGGGAAAAGCUUAACGAUGCGGUUGGGUUCAAUCCAUUGAAGGUUCUGCGAAAACGGAACAAGGCUGAGAGGAAGAUGAAGGAUACCUCUAAAUGGGCAUCAAGGCAUGAGGGCGACGUGGUGGCCACCUGGCCGGACAUGCAUGCAGACGAACCGGAGCAACCGAUGCAGAUCGACUGGAAAGGGAAUCUUCCCUCCUACGUCUCCGUGCCCAGAGUGGACCUCCACAGCCUCAUCCUCGACUUCUCCGCCGUCACCUUCCUGGACAUCGCGGGUAUCACCGGACUCAAAAUGGUUGUGAAAGAGUUCAUCCGUCUUCGCGUGGAUGUGUACAUCGUUUCUUGCGACGAAUGUAUCCUGGAGAAAUUACACAGAUGCGCGUUUUUCGACGAUGACGUCAGCCGGUCCAUCUUCUACCCUAGUCUUCACGACGCUACACUGAGUGUCCUCGAGUCCCAGAAAGGAGCCCAUCCCCCGGGUUCAGUGCUCCGUAGGGGUUGAUGGAAAUAUUCGGACCCUACUUCGAUGAAAUUAAGAAAGAAUGGUGUAAAACAAAGAACAGCAACUUGAUAUUGACCGUUUCAGUGAUGAAGGUCUGGUUCCAACUGUCGGAUGUGUUUGUGUG